ACUAUUAUUAUUAUAAAUCCAAUUUCUAGACAAAUGGCAUCAAAACAAAGUACUGACGAUAAACGUGUGAGUGUAAAUCGCUAGAAGUUGUAACUAAUAAUCUCCGUAGGAUUUCAAUAGUUAUAUUUUUGAAUUUUAAUUAAAUUUAAAAUGGGUAAAGCAAGUGGUGUUAGCAGAAGGCGAAAGAAGAGGUAUAACUAUAAACGGAAUGUGAAGAGAUUACACCAAAAGCUUAUUACGAUGCCGAAAGUAAAAUGUAAACAAUUGCAAGAAGCCUGGGAUGGAAAGAAAAGCUAUUAUAAAAAUAUGGAAGAAUUUGGGCUUUCUGAAGAUCCCAAUAAAACAAUUGGUACAAAGGUAAAGAGGAAGGCCAAAAAAAUGGAGGUCGUUAAUGAUUUAGAAGCUGAAGCAAAUGCUCCCCGACCAAAAACAAUGAAACUCCCUACAGAACCUAUGAAAUUUUGUGUAUAUAUGAUUGAAAAAUAUGGUGAUGAUUAUGGGGCUAUGGCCAGGGAUACAAAAAACUAUUAUCAAGCCACACCUGCUCAGAUAAAGAAAAAGAUAAAUAAGUUUAAAAGUGUUCCUUCUCAGUGGAAUGGGUAUUUAAGAGCCAAAGGACUCAUAGAAUCUGGACUUAAACAAGAUGAAUAUCAAAUUGAUAUCGGUGAUAUUAUGCAAGAAACGACAGUUACAGAUAUGGAACAAUAAUAAAUUUUUUUAAUUAACA